UUCUCCGAGUUCAAAGAGUGUGUUGUUGUGUGAGUGUGUCAUAUUUUUUCUUUGUUUUACAGUGGUUUUACAUAACAAGAGAAAAAAGAAACGAAAGAAAAAUAUUCCGAUGAUAGCGAGAGUUUAUGUAUUCUGCUCGGCGAUAGAAGGUAACUUUCUCGCUUGAACUAUUUGCUUCUUUCGUCGCGGAGAUUCGAAGCAAAUCGUGUGUAAAAGUCGUUGGAUUGAAUGUUAUGAUUUCGGGAAGAUGUUCAAUCCUUUCGGUUGCUCGUUAUGUCUCCGAAAUUUUUAAAUGUUACGGCAACAAUAACGGUGCUGGUAUCAUUUGUUCAGAUUCGUUUUUUCAAACGAUAAACAGACGACAGGUUGAACGAUCGCCGCGAAAUAUAAUGAUAAAUAUCAGCUCGAGAGCCAUGGCUUCAAGUUCAAGUGACAGCUCUCAAUGUUCCAAGCAAAAUAAACUCGCUCUUGAAAAAUCGCCUUAUUUAUUGCAACACGCGAGCAAUCCUGUCCAAUGGUAUCCAUGGGGCGACGAAGCUCUGGAAAAAGCACGCAGGGAAGACAAAUUAAUAUUCCUCUCUGUUGGCUAUUCCACCUGUCACUGGUGUCACGUCAUGGAAAAAGAAUCAUUUGAAAAUCCUGACACCGCUGAAAUCAUGAAUCGUUACUUCAUUAAUAUCAAAGUUGACAGAGAGGAGAGACCGGACAUUGACAAAAUUUACAUGACUUUUAUUCAGACUAUUUCAGGGCACGGUGGCUGGCCCAUGAAUGUCUUUCUCACUCCGGAUUUAGUCCCUAUCACAGGUGGUACCUAUUUUCCUCCUAGCGACAAAUAUGGUCAGCCUGGUUUUGAGAAGGUUUUAAUCACCGUUGCUCACCAGUGGCUGGAAAAUAAAAAGGAUUUGCUUCAAUCUGGGUCCAAGAUUUUGGAGGUUUUGAAAAGAUCUGCAACUUCCAAAAAGAGUUCUUCGGAAAAUGAUGUGCCUUCGGUCAAUUGUGGUAAAACGUGCGUCGAACAGCUUUCGCAAAGCUACGACCGAGAAUUCGGAGGCUUUUCAGAAGCUCCGAAAUUUCCUCAACCAGUUAAUUUAAACUUAUUGUUUCACGAAUAUUCGCGCGAUCCGACCAGCGAAUUGGGAAAAAAGUGUCUGGAAAUGUGUCUUCAUACGUUGACAAAAAUGGCGAAUGGUGGUAUUCACGACCACGUUGGACAGGGCUUUUCAAGAUAUUCAGUAGAUGACAAAUGGCAUGUACCACAUUUCGAAAAAAUGCUCUAUGAUCAAGGACAACUGUUGCGAUCGUAUGCCGACGCUUUUCUCGCAACGAAAGAUCAAUUUUACGCAGAUAUUCUCGAUGACAUUGUGACUUACGUGACUCGUGAUUUGCGACAUCCGGAAGGCGGUUUUUACAGCGCUGAAGACGCUGAUUCCUUGCCCACAAAAAACUCGAAAUCUAAAAAAGAAGGUGCAUUUUACGUUUGGACUCAUGACGAAAUUCAGAAGGUCCUCAAUGAAAAAGUACCGCAUGUGAAAAUACUGAGUGACUUAUUUUCUCAUCACUAUCACGUUCAGAAAGAAGGAAAUGUUGAAAAGCGUCAGGACCCGCACGGUGAACUAACAGGACAAAAUGUGUUAAUCGUUUACGGAAGUGUCGAUGAAACAGCACAUGCUUUUGGACUGAACACUGAAGAAACAAAUGAAUAUUUGAAAGAAGCUCGUGCGCUACUGUUCAAGGCACGAUCCUUGAGACCCCGGCCCCAUUUAGACAGCAAAAUCGUUACAGCAUGGAACGGUCUCAUUAUCAGUGGUUUAGCACGUGCUGGGUCUGUUACAAAAAAUAAAAAAUACGUGAGUUAUGCCGAAGAUGCAGCUAAAUUUGUCGAACGUUAUCUAUUCGAUAAAACAAAAAAAGUUCUACUCAGGAGUUGUUACAGAGGAGAAAAGGACGCGAUAAUUCAGCCAGCGACACCGAUCGAAGGAUUCCACGUGGACUAUGCUUUCCUUGUGAGCGGUCUUCUUGAUCUAUACGAAGCGAGUCUGAACGAUCAUUGGCUGGAAUUUGCUCAGCAGCUUCAGGAUAUUCAAGACAAAUUGUUUUGGGAUUGUGAGAACGGAGGCUAUUUCAGUACAACUCUGCAAGAUAGUUCGGUUAUUCUGCGAUUGAAAGAUGAUAGCGACGGAGCCGAACCAUCGAGUAACUCCGUAGCGUGCAGUAAUUUAUUGCGGCUUUCAUCUUUUUUUGAUCGACCAGAUUAUAAAGAAAAAGCGGGUGCGCUGCUCGCAUCUUUUUAUCGAUUAAUCACACGAAUUCCAGCAGCGGUGCCAGAAUUGGUUUCGGCUCUUUUGCACUAUCACGACUCAACGACUCAGAUAUUUAUUGCAGGUAAAAAAGACUCUAGGGAAACUGAGGAAAUGGUGAAUGUAGUUCGGGAACGAUUGAUACCGGCAAAGUCUCUUCUUCUCGUUGAUCCAUACAACCAUAAUUGUAUAGUAUAUCAAAAAAACGAGAUAGCAAGUAAAAUGAGUGCCAGGGAGGGCCAAGCGACUGCUUACGUUUGUCGACAUCACGCAUGUUCUCUUCCGGUCUCGGAUCCGAGUCAACUCGCCGAAUUGUUGGACUCGCGAGAAUAAAUCUCUUUGUUUUCUUACGAUUAUGAUUCUUGGGUAAUUCAGUGUAUACGAAUUUGCUGAAAUGCAUUAUAAAUUACAAAAUUUUCAGUAACAAUAAGCUACGUCAAAACAAAUCGCAUUGAAGUGGAAGCAGUAAUUUAGAGGACAAACGAAUUGUGAUUUUUAGGGAGAAUAGAUCAAUUUUGUGCCUGUGAAUUCCAAUUGAUAAUGCUGUGGAAGAAUUUUGCAUCCCUGUCUGAACAAAUUGGAAGAUUAUUACAAAUACGUCAAACCCAGUAACUGUAUGAUGACAAUUAUUAUACACUUUGAAUUUCAAAUUUAAAGGGAAUAUCGUUGGAAACGAUUUUGUAAUUACUAUGCGGAGUGAUGAAACAAUUGACGAGUUCAUGCGUUCGUUGAAUUGACAAAAAACUCCACUCUUUUUCUAUACUAUAAUAAAAUAUUUUAUCAGAAAAAUUAA